AUUGAUCAAAUUCAAAGCAUGUGCACCAAUUCAAACAAAUACAGCUAGCAAAUCCAGAUUUUUUAUAAAAUCUGAUACUAUGAUCAAGUCAGUAGCUAAUUUGGAGGGGGGUCUGCUGGGUUUUUACGAGUGGUUUACCAGGGAAAGGUUUCUAACCUACUGACACAAAUGGAAGACAGGCAUCACCAGUUACACCUGUCAACCUAAGAUGGUAAACCCCUUAAUUCAUUUGCUCUUCUUUUUCUGUUGCAGGCUGAACUAUUCAACAUUGUUAGGUUCCUCAUUCGCCUUCCUGACAGAUGUCUGUUUCUUAACACAAUCCUGAGGCUCUACUUGUAUAAACAUUUCUCAACAUAACUGAUAGCACAAUUCUGGGACCCCCAACAGCACUGAAUGUUUAAUCCCAGUAGAUUAUUCUGGCCAGCAACUGUGUAAGAUGGUCUCUUUGUUUGUGCCUGUUGGACCUUCACUCUCCUUCCGUAUGUGUUCUGCAUCUGAUAAUUUGAUGUGAGGAGCAAUCAGUUACUGUCAGCAUGCUAUAAACCGACUGACCUUAACUGCGAGGGUGUCACAAAAUGAAAUUCAAAUGUCUUUAGAGCUAAAUGAUGCCAUGUUAAUGAAGCUGAAUCUCGUUCUUUCCGCAGAGAAACGGAAGAAGCUGCUGUGUGUUGUAAUUUCUUAGAUGGAUGUGAGGCUGACACACACAUCAUGGACAAAAUGACUGUGUGCGUUAAAGAGGAGGACUGUGAAUGGGAGUGUGUCCACCCAAAAGAGGAGAAAAGUGAACUGGGGUCAGGGGGCAUUAAAGACGAGUCCGAAGAAAAGUCUGUCAGUAUUGAGACACACAAACCAAAAUGUGUGGACAGUGUCAAGGAAGAUGACCUUCAUGAUGGAGCAGUGACUGGGAUGGGCUCUUCUCCGAGCAGACACUCUUCAUCUCCAGCCUCAAUCAAUUUGAAGUCUGAAUCUUUACAAUGUGAAACAAAGAGGACUGAGGAACUUCCAUUUGUUAAAACUCGGGAAAAGCCACCACCACCACCACCACCUACAAAUAAGUCUGGGAAAAGAAACAAAUGUCACUGCUGUUCAGAGUGUGGCAAACAAUUCUCUCGCAGGAGUCUUCUUCAGAGACAUAAAAGAAUUCACACGGGAGAAAAGCCAUAUUGGUGCCAUGAAUGUGGCAAAACAUUCGGUGACAAGAGUACGCUUCAGAGCCACGCUAGAAUUCACACAGGAGAGAAGCCAUACUGCUGUUCGGAAUGUGACAAACAAUUCUGUCACAGGAGCCCUUUUCAUAGCCAUAAAAGAACUCACACAGGAGAGAAGACGUAUUGCUGUAACGAAUGUGGGAAAAAAUUCUGGUACGGGAGUGCUCUUCGGAUCCACACUAGAAUUCACACCGGAGAGAAGCCGUAUUCCUGUAAUGACUGUGGCAAGCAGUUUUCACAAUUGGGCCAUUUUCAGAGCCACAAGAGAAUUCACACAGGGGAGAAGCCAUAUUGCUGUAAUGAAUGCGGCAAAAAUUUCUGUGACAAGAGUACUCUUCAAAAACACACAAGAAUUCACACUGGAGAGAAGCCGUAUUCCUGUAAUGACUGUGGCAAGCAGUUUUCACAAUUGGUCCAUUUUCAGAACCACAAGAGAAUUCACACAGGGGAGAAGCCGUAUUGCUGUAAUGAAUGCGGCAAAAAUUUCUGUGACAAGAGUACUCUUCAAAAACACACAAGAAUUCACACUGGAGAGAAGCCAUUUUGCUGUUUGGAAUGUGGUAAACGCUUCUGUCGCAGGAGUACUCUCCAAAGGCACGCUAGUCUUCACAUGGGAGAGAAGCACAACGGAACUGUCAUUUAAUAAAGAGUGAAGCUCACUCCUGUCUUGAUAGUAAGCCCACCAUGAACAUUUGGAGAAAUGAACCCAUAUUGCCGUUCUGAAUUUGUAAACGAUUCUCACAAACCAGCAGUCUUUCUGGGCCACAAAAGCUUUCACACUGAUUACCACCUCUAGAUGCCCUGAACAGUACAUUAGUGGGGAAAUUAGAAAGAGAAGAAGUCAAAAUUUGCCCCCUAACUGAUCAAGUCUUUGAGUAUCUUUUAUGUGGUGGGCUUAGUUCGAUAAGAUAUAUACCAGGGGUUCUCAAACUUUUUGUCUAGGCAUGUCACCCCUAGAAUCUAAAACAUUCUGAAGUUCAGGAAUCUUGUUUAGCUAAAUUGUUCAGUACCGAAUUGUUAUUGGGUAUACUAAAGGUGGUGUUUCUUUUUACGCCCAGAAAUAAUAAUACGAAAACUACUUAUUUAAAUUAUUGAACAAAAUCUCACUUGCCUCUCUGUUUUGAAAAAUGUCCCAGUCUUCCCACAGAAAUUGUUCAGAAGCCUUUGACUCACUGAAACAAAAAUCGCCAGAAUCUCAAGCAGACACCAGAGUGUUGGGCUCCAGCUGCUAGGAGAUGAUUAAAGAUCUCCUUAUGGAAUAUACAAAUGCUCUUGUCAGCUAUAUGUAAGCUCACUUCAUGGAACUGUGAGCCAACAUGUCCAGCAUUAACUCAGAUCAAUCCCAAGUCAAAAAAAGAGGUACACUUUGCUGCUACUCACCAUGUUGAUAAACUUGGAGCACUCUACAGAGAGAUUGGUACUUUCAAGUUGACUAACCAAAAGGACCUGGGAAUUGUAGGACUGCCUGCAAAUUCUGAGAAGGACCAGUUCAUUUAUUUCCUUUCCAAAGUUUGCUUAAAGUGUUUUCCACAAUUAACACUAGAAUUACCAUAGCCUGCGAAAAAACUCGUAAAUCUGGCCCACCUUAAAUCCCUUCGCACCUCUCCGUCAGCGUCUUUUGUCUUCUAAAUGUGUCUAAGCCCAAGCAGCAAGCAGCCUGCUAUACCAUCUCCCCCACCACCUCAGAACAGGCAAGAAGUUCUCCCAGUUCCUGCGUUGAUCGAUUAUCUGGGAGUGAGCUACCCAGAAUUGUAAGGGGAAAUAAUUUGAUGUGUGUUUUGUGUCUACAACAAUCUAUGUAAACCCAUCGUUAAAACGGAAAUGUUUUUCAUGUUUUAGUAAUAAAUGAUAAAAUGUAGGCAUGAACUGUAUAACGUGUGAAGGCUGAUGGCCAAAUAUCAAAUAAACACUUUCACAAAUAACCCGUUAUAACCCGUAACGGCGGAGUGGUGGCUCUGAGGCUAAGGAUCUGCGCUGGUAUCCCGAAGGUUGCCGGUUCGAAUCCCCGUCACUGCCAAAAGAGAUCCUACUCUGCUGGGCCCUUGAGCAAGGCCCUUAACCUGUAAUUGCUCCAGGGGCGCUGUACAAUGGCUGACCCUGCGCUCUGACCCCAAGGGGUAUGCGAAAAACUAACAAAUACUGUUGUAAGUCGCUCUGGAUAAGAGCGUCUGCUAAAUGAUGUAAAUGUAACGGACAUUUUAAGAAA